AUGAACAUUAAACAAGAAGUUUCAGAUAAUCCUGGUUCUAUGACCGUCGCUUCUCCACACAAGUCUGAUGUUGUCCAGCAAGACGUAGACAGAAAGAUGCGUUUCUACAGCGUUUUACAAGCGUUCAAAGCAUCCAGAUAUCCUUCUAAUGCUCAAAUUGAGGAAACACUCAAAUAUGUCGAAGAGAGUGCUCCAUUUGACGUAAGCAAGCUCAGCACUGAAGGAAAGAAGCUCGUUCAAGACGCCAGAAACAUUAUUAGCACCGCAAACACUAUCGUUCAAGAGAAGAACAAAGAUGAAAAAAUCCAAGAGUUCUUAUACAAAACUCGUCAAGCCGACUACUCCAAAGGUAAACCGGAUGAAAUCGUACCAGGUUUUACAAAGGACGGCAGCAAGGAAGAGGGCCAAAAGGCUUUGGAACACUUGCGCACUGUCUUUACCUUAAUCGCCACUAACUCCGAAGUUAGAAAACUCCUUAGUGACAGCAAAAUCAUUGGACAAGACCUAUUCGCGGACGCAGCUUCAAAGGCAGCUAACGUUGCUCGUCCAAACGAAGAGAAACUCGCCAAGAUCGACGAAUCUGCGCCAGAAGGCUGGAAGAGCAAGGAUGGCCGCGUCGUUGGUGCGGACGAAACUCCAGAGUAUGACUUGCCAAAGUUGAAGAAAGCAAAGAAAGAAACUGAAGAAGGUCAAGAGAAAGCUGAGGAUGUCAAGAAGGCAGCCUUAGAGCGUCAAGACGAAGUUAAAGACACCGCAGCUAAGCAAGCCGACGACACCACUAAGAAGGUUGACAGCAAGACAAACCAACAAUCUGAUGUCUCCGACAUCCAAAAAGCUGUAAACGAGGCUGGUCAAGAGAAGGCAGAUGAGACAAAGGCCGGUGAGAAAGCACAAGAAGGUAAAAACAAGACAAAGUCCGUCGCUGACUCAGGUAAGCAAUCUCUCAAAGACAAGAUCCCAUCCGAGUACCGCGAUAAGGCUAAGGAGAACUACGAGAAAUCAAAGAAGCAUCUCGAAGAAAAAUUCCCUAAGGAGCGCCGCGAUAAGUUCAUCGAGCGCCUGAAGAAGGUUCUCUACGAAAACCAAAAGCACAAGGAUUGGAGAGAAGCCUUUGAAUUCUUCUUCAAGCAGUUCGAAAUCUACUACUCCCACGCCAAGUCAGCUGGAAACACUGGUAAACAAAGUGUUAAUUCAGUCUUCCAAGAUCAAAACGUCAAGGGCGCUGCUAAUGAUCUCAGAACUGUCUUAGAGAGAUUUGCUAAUGGUCGUAGCGCAUCACCAAUCUUUGACGCCUUCCACAACCUCAUCACCACCUUCGCAAAUGACAAGGAAAUCUCAGCUUGGUUCGAGAGACUCAUUGAAUACAUCCGCAAGCUUGUCCUUGAGCCAGGCUAUGUUUUGAAGGAACAAGCCAGCACUGAUGGUGACAAGAUCGGCAAGGAUGCACGUGCAAUCUUCGAAAGCGACAAGUACAAGGGUUCCAUCAAGGACAAGCUCUUCAAGGAGGUCUCAGACUUCUUCGGUGCUAUGGGUGAAGACCCACUCAACAAGAAGUUCGGUAGCGACAUCAACAAGCUCUUCCGUGACUUGCUCUUCGACGAACAAGGCAAAUGGGCCUUCAAAUCACACCUUUGGGCAGACAUACGUGAUCACAUUGUCCCACCAGUGGUUGAAAGCAUCGGUGCUGUUCCAAUUCCAAGAAUUGAAUACACUGAUCCUAAGCUCGACAUUGUCAUUGAGAACCUUGUUCUUCAAGGAAAGAAUCUCCUUCCAAACUAUGUCAUUGCUGAAGCAUACAACAAGGUUAAAUUCUCACCUUACCAAAAGAUCAAGAAUGAACAUCAACAUGACGUUAAGAUCGAACUUGGUCAAAUCCAAUGUGACUUGAGAGAUGUUGCAUUCUACCUUAAGAAGAAGACUGGAUUCAAAAUCUCAGACGCUGGUCUUGCAGAUGUCUUCUUAGGCGGUAAAGGUGUUGGCGCUAAGAUUCACUUAAGCGUUAGAGGUGGUACUGAAGAUGUCUUUGAGGUCAAGUCUGUUAAGGCUAGUGUUGGUACUCUCAAGUUCAACAUUAAAGACAGCAAGCACAACAUCUUGUACAAGACGGCUCGUCCACUUGCAACUUCACUCAUCAAGAAACAAAUUGUGAAGGCAAUUGAGGAUGGUAUUAGAGGUGGUCUUGAAAACCUCAACACCAAGCUUGUCGAAAUCAAGAAGGAAAUUGAUGCAGCUGAGAAGAACGAUGAUAAGAACAGCACUAAGGGUUCAAUCAUCAAGAGUAAAUUCAGCUCAAAGAAGGACAAGGAGUCAAACGCUUCCGCUAGCCAAUCUCAAUUCAAGAUUGUCGCAAACCGUAACUCGAAGCUCAUUGAUGCUGGACACAGCAAGGGUUGGAUCAACUUACAAGCCAAGUAUGAGGAUCAAGUUAAGGAAGGCGAGAGUUGGAGAAGCAAAGCCUUCAGUAUUGUUCCUUCAAAGUCCAACAAGACUACAAAGAAGUAG